GAUGGAAGCCAUGCAUCGGCGGCACACCACGCUGAGGGAGAAGGGGCGUCGCCAGGCAGUGCGAGGACCAGCCUACAUGUUCAAUGAGCGCGGCUCCCCCCUCACUGCAGAAGAAGAGCGUUUUCUGGAUUCUGCAGAAUACGGAAACAUUCCUGUGGUGCGCAAAAUGCUGGAGGAGUCCAAAACCCUGAACUUCAACUGUGUGGACUACAUGGGGCAGAAUGCUUUGCAGCUGGCGGUGGGCAACGAGCACCUGGAAGUGACCGAGUUACUGCUGAAGAAAGACGGUCUGGCCCGGAUAGGGGACGGCCUGCUUUUGGCCAUCUCGAAAGGUUACGUCCGAAUAGUUGAGGCUAUUCUCGGCCACCCGGCUUUCGGCGGCGGCCUCCGGCUGACUUUGAGCCCUCUGGAGCAGGAGAUGCGCGAUGACGACUUUUACGCAUACGAUGAGGAUGGAACACGUUUUUCCCACGACGUGACGCCCAUCAUUUUGGCGGCUCACUGCCAGGAGUACGAGAUCGUUCACAUCCUUUUGACAAAGGGGGCCCGCAUAGAAAGACCUCACGACUACUUCUGCAAAUGUUCCGAAUGUAUAGAGAAACAGAAGAAAGACUCGUUCAGCCACUCACGCUCCAGGAUGAAUGCGUAUAAGGGCCUGGCCAGUGCGGCGUACCUGUCGCUCAGCAGUGAAGACCCCGUGCUCACAGCCCUGGAGCUCAGCAAUGAGUUGGCAAGACUGGCCAACAUCGAGACAGAGUUUAAGAACGACUACCGAAAGCUGUCCAUGCAGUGUAAAGACUUUGUGGUGGGUGUGUUGGACCUUUGUCGGGACACUGAGGAAGUUGAGGCCAUACUGAACGGGGAUGUGGACCUGUGCCCACCAAGCGCCUACAACCGACCCUGCCUCAGCCGCGUCCAACUGGCCAUCAAAUAUGAAGUCAAAAAGUUUGUUGCUCAUCCAAACUGCCAGCAGCAGCUGCUGACUAUCUGGUAUGAGAACCUGCCGGAUCUAAGGCAGCAGUCGGUCGGCGUGAAGUGCUGGACAGUGCUGGGAGUCACCGUAGGUCUGCCCUUCCUGGCCAUUGCCUACUGGAUAGUGCCAUGUAGCAAGCUUGGCCAGAUCUUGCGGAGCCCCUUCAUGAAGUUUGUGGCUCAUGCUGUGUCCUUCACAAUCUUUCUUGGCCUGUUAAUUGUCAAUGCUUCGGACCGCUUUGAGGGUGUCAAGAACCUGCCCAACGAGACCAUCACGGACUAUCCGCGACAGGUGUUCAGGGUCAAAACCACCCAGUUCUCCUGGACAGAGAUGUUGAUCAUGAAGUGGGUGUUGGGAAUGAUUUGGUCAGAGUGCAAGGAGAUCUGGACCGAUGGGCCCAGAGAGUACAUCAUGCACCUGUGGAAUGUCCUAGACUUUGGCAUGUUGUCCAUCUUUGUGGCUUCUUACACAGCUCGCUUCAUGGCUUUCCUUAAGGCAUCCAAAGCCCAGCAGUAUGUGGACAUGCAUGUGCGCGAUGAGGACCUCAGCAACGCCUCCCUACCUGACGAAGUGGCUUACUUCACUUACGCCAGGAACAAGUGGCGUCCAUCUGACCCCCAGAUCAUCUCAGAGGGCCUGUACGCCAUUGCUGUGGUACUGAGCUUCUCACGCAUCGCCUACAUACUGCCGGCCAACGAGAGUUUCGGACCCUUGCAGAUCUCACUGGGGCGCACGGUCAAAGACAUCUUCAAGUUCAUGGUCAUCUUCAUCAUGGUGUUCGUGGCCUUCAUGAUUGGCAUGUUCAACCUUUACUCAUACUACCUGGGAGCCAAGUACAAUCCCGCUUUCACCACGGUGGAGGAGAGCUUCAAGACUCUUUUCUGGUCGAUCUUCGGGCUGUCGGAGGUGAUCUCGGUGGUGCUGAAAUACGACCACAAGUUCAUAGAGAACAUUGGCUACGUGCUGUAUGGAGUCUACAAUGUCACCAUGGUGGUCGUCCUCCUCAACAUGCUCAUUGCCAUGAUCAAUAACUCGUACCAGGAGAUAGAGGAAGACGCCGAUGUGGAGUGGAAGUUUGCUCGUGCCAAGCUGUGGCUCUCCUACUUUGACGAGGGCCGCACUCUCCCUGCCCCCUUCAACCUGGUUCCCAGCCCCAAGUCCUUCUACUACCUGGCCCUUCGUAUCAAAUCCUGCCUGAUACGCCUCUGCAAGGCCAACGGCCAUCGACACAACAACGAGCUGGAGAUGGGCAUGCUCAGCUCACAAGCCAAGGAUGAACGCUUCAAAACUUAUGCACGACCAGGAGAAGAAUUCAUUCAGCGAAAAUCCAGAAAACACCCGACCAGAUAUCAGAAGAUCAUGAAACGCCUGAUUAAACGUUAUGUGCUGAAAGCUCAAGUGGACAAAGAGAGCGAUGAAGUCAAUGAAGGCGAGCUGAAGGAGAUCAAGCAAGACAUUUCCAGCCUCCGCUACGAGCUCCUGGAGGAGAAGUCCCAGGCUGCUGGAGAGCUGGCUCUGCUCAUCCAGCAGCUCAGCGACAAGUUUGGCAAGAACACCAUGAGACAC